UUUCAACCAGGUUAAACUUUUACAAUGGAGGAACUGAGGUCUAGUUCACCUGCUCUCUGUCUGGAUCUGAACCACUCUGAACCGCCUGGAGCUGGUAAGAGCAGCUACGUCAUAACAAGUCCCCACUCGCUGGAGUCCAGGACUCAGCCAGGUAUUAAACCGGUUCAGCUGCUAAUUAGGUCUCUGAACGAGCUGAUUGCAGGGCAGCAGGCUGCGCCUUAUGAGCCCAUGAGGACUCUGCAUGAAUCCUAUGAGAAGGAACGAUCAAAGCUUUUCCCUAUGCCUGUGUGGAGCAAGGAGCAGGGGAGAAUUAUUCAACCCGGAAGGAGCAGAUGGCCGAGAAGUAAUGCAGCCUCGAGCUAUGAAGUUGUAAAGAAGAGAGACCCAGAGAGGAGCACAAUCAGCAGCUUCAGUCUGGGAGAUCUGAGAUACUCUCCGUCUGCUGAGAGGAAACUGCAGAAGAUCACCUCAGAAAUCAAGAGGAAGACAUGCAUCACCGUGCCAGAGAGGGACCGCAAGAUAGCAGCUCUGAUGCUGGCCAAGCAUCAGGAGGAGCAGGAGCGCCUGAAGCUCUGUCUGCAGGAGGAACAGGAACGGCAGGAGGCCCGCAGGAAGGAGGAGGCCAGGCAGGCCCAAGCAGAGAAAGAACGAAGGAGGAGGCUUAAGCAGAGGAUGAAACACUGGCACAAGGAGCUGGAGGCCCGCAGGAGGCUGAGGCUGCGGCUGGAGCACGAGAAAGCAGCACAGCUCCAGCAGGAGAUACUGUUCCAGGAGAACCGAUGGAGAAAGCUGAAGGAAGUGGUUGAGGUACAACGCAGAGAGAAGCUGGAGGCUGCUCUGAAACAGACAGAGGAGCGUAAAAAAUACCAGGAGAGACUGCUUAGGGAGAAGAUGGAGCUGGAGAAAAGGGAGCUUGAGAAGGAGAAGCAGGUGGCAGAAGCGAAGGAGGAGAAGGCCUGGAGGACCAGAGAGCUGCAGGAGAAGAGGGAGCGGAAACGGCUGCAGGAGGAGAAUCACAGAGAGAUGCUGCGUCACAUCCUGCUUAAGAGGCAUGCGGAGCAGAAGAUGGCGGAAGAUGAAGCACAGAAGAGGAACUUGCUGGAGAAGAAGCUGCAGCGUUCCUCCGAGAAACGAGCCCGAGCUGCGGAGGCACAGCACAGGCGGCUGCGGGAGCGAGCUGCACGGCAGGAUGUCCAGCUCCAAAGAGCACAGCUGAGGGCCAAGCUGCAGAGGGUCCAGGAGCUCACGCACAAGCAGAUCCUGGUCCAGCAGAGCCAGCGUCGCAUGGAGAGAGCCGCCGAGAACGCCUCGGCGCUGCGCAGGAGCCGCUCUCAGCAGAGACGAGAACGGAGCAGACACAGGCAGGUCUGCCACCAGCAGCUGAGUGAGAAGAUCCAGAGAGAGGAGGAGGCCAGCAGGAGGCUCAGAGAGAACUACGUCUGCGUGAAGGAGGGGAAGAGGGAGAGGCUGCAAAAAGUGAGGGAGCAGAUUCAGGAGGAGGCGCGGAGGCUGGUGCAGGCCUCCUUUCACUUGAGGGACAGGGUCAGGCAGCAGACACACAGCCGGACCUUCCACCAGAUGGCCCUGGAGGCUCAGCUGACUGCCUCCAUGAGCAGAAUUAAACUCUAAAACAACUCAGGGUUUUUUUUUUUCUUAGAUAUUUAAUUAUUUCCUUACAGCACAUUUAAGUUUGUAUGUAGAUUUACUGUAGCAGGGCAAUUUCUAAGUGCUGCAUCAUUGUAAAGUGGAAGGAAUUGUUUCCAAAACAAUUUUUGAA